CCAACACGGUGAACCCGAUUAGAAUGGCGUAAAACUAAAACCUCUCGGCCUCGUCGUCACAGCCCUGGUACUGGAAUAUUGGGGUUUUGGCGCUGGAGCGUCUCCUCUAUCGUCAUCGGCUCUGCUUCGCUAUCUGCUGCGCUGUUUUCAUUCCUUGGUUCUGGUAGACUGGGCUGGACAUGGUUUCAACUUGAACUAGAUAUGCGCCAAAACGUGGAGGCCAAUAAAUGGGAUCAGGAAGCUUUGUGUGGAGUUUAACAAAGAAAUUUGUCACAUUUGGGCUCAUUACUGUCACAGUAACAGAUCGUUAUGUGACCAUUGUUCCAGUUCGUGGUGGCUCGAUGUCUCCCACAUUUAAUCCUAAAGUCAGCUCUUUGGUGGGAAAUAUUUCUGAUGACUAUGUCUUGGUUGAGAAAUUUUGUCUUGGAAAAUAUAAGUUUUCCCGUGGUGAUGUAGUGGUAUUCCGCUCCCCCUUGAAUUACAAGGAGACACACAUAAAGAGAAUUGUUGCAUUACCUGGUGAGUGGUUUGGUGCUCAUCGUAACUAUGAUGUGCUGAAGGUUCCAGAAGGACAUUGUUGGGUUGAGGGAGACAAUGCAGCUUCCAGCCUGGAUUCAAACUCAUUUGGUCCUAUUCCUUUGGGUUUAGUUCGAGGAAGGGUGACCCACGUUGUAUGGCCUCCUCAAAGAAUGGGCGCGGUAAAGAAGACCCCACCGGAAGGAAUUUCUUCUUAAUUGUUGAAUCUCUUGUUGAAUCUCUUGUGCCAAUCCCUGUGGCCUCGUCAGGACAAAACAAAUUUUUGCUCAAAUUAUUUCCUUCUGGACAGAUAAUGAUGUAUAUUUCAUGACGGUACAUUUUUGCUGCCAUUGACUUUGAAGCGAGGAUGGCCCAAAAAAGAGAAAGAAAACUUGUGAGUGAGAUGCAUUUGAUUUUCAGCUCUCUUGUGUAACCUUCACAUGUAGGAACAUAGGUUUGAUUUGUUCCAAUAUUAAUUUUGUAGGAAAUUUCUUGAUUGCAUUUUUACAUAUUUGUUGAAUUA